AUGCCAACUAAGGUUUUCUCCAAUGUGUUGGCAGACAUGAACACAGAGUUCGUAAAGGUAUUGGAUAAUGGCAGUGGAGUUGUUAAUCUGAAGAGAAAGUUGCCUCUGCAGUCAUCUCCUAAUACUCUCAUCCCCAAUCAUGCCAAGCAGAGAAAGGUGGAUGGAUUGGAAAGCAAGUAUUACCGUUGUGCUUUGCCAACUAAGAAAUAUCUGCUUAAGUAUUAUGCUAACUUUAAGAAAAGUGAGAUUCUCCAUCGUUUGAUGUAUUAUUACAAUGGUGAAUGGAGUGAAUUCCCCCAGUAUGUUGUUACGAUUGUGAACAAAGAUUUUCUUGUGAAGAAGUCUGCUGUGGAAGUGGAGGUUGAUGGAAGUACGAUCUUGCUCGACUUCUUGCGGAUGAUGCUGCUAGACAUAAAAACUGGUAUACAUCAGCCUUUCGGUUGGAUUGAUGUGUCUGGAAAAUGUUUCUUCCCUGAAAUAUUUAGCCACUAUGAACCAGAUGAUGCUCAAGACCAUGACUACUUAGGAUGUGAAGUUCAUGGUCAUUUAGGAGGUGAGACUCCAAAACCUAAUAAUAUCAACUUGAAUUUGGAGAUUGAAAUACGGAGAUCAGAUGAAGAAUCUAGUGGGGACUUUUCCCCUAUUGUCGUGAAUGUACAAGCUCAUCAGAAUGCUGCACAAGAAGAUGCUGAUGAAGUGAACAGUUGUUCCAAAACUUUAAAUGUAGACAUUGGUGAGGAUUGUGGGGACAAUCAACAAAUGGCAGGAAACAUGGUUCUCUCUGUUGAGCCUGUAAAUCGGUCAUUGAGUUCUCAUGCUGUGAUGGAGUUAUUAUGUAAAGCUUUUAGCUCAUGUUCUGCAGAAGUUGUUGAGAUACUUCCAUGCAAGAACAUUACAAUGGAAAGUCGGUUGGAACUUUUUGAGAAGCAGGUUGAAAUUACUCAAAGGCUCCGUGGGGAUGCAAAUGUUCAAUACGCAUGGCUUCCGUGUUCAAGCAGGAUGGUCUCAACUGUACUGAAGUAUGGGAUCGGGCACUAUAAUCAUUUGAAAAUCAAUGCCUCACAUGGUAAUGGAAUACAUCUGAUCCCUGCAAACGGCACCCAGAUCAGUAUCAGUUCUUUUGAUGUUGACAAAAAUGAGACGCGGCAUAUGGUAUUGUGUCGUGUUAUAAUGGGGAAUAUGGAGCUUGUUCAUUGCGACUCAAAACAGUUCUAUCCCAGUUGUGAGGACUUCGAUAGCGGUGUUGACAAACUUCAAACUCCAAACAUUUAUGUUGUAUGGAGCAUGAAUAUGAACUCUCAUAUAUACCCGGAAUGUGUUGUUAGUUACAAAACUUCUGAUCUUGCAGAUCCUUUGUGUUUGCAGCAAAACGAGGUUUGUAUUUCCCGGUUCAGUUGUCUUGGAGGACCUCAGACCCAGAUUGUAGGUGAAACUGUUCGCACAAGGGCACCCAAGAGCCCAUGCGUGCCUUUUCCUGUGCUAUUUGCUGCCAUUGCAGACAAAGUCACUUCAGAAAGAAUGAGCCUAGUGAGAACCAACUAUACGUUGUUGAAGAAUAAGAAGAUGAGUAGAGAUGCAUUCGUGAAGAAGUUGAGGCUGAUUGUUGGGGAUAAUGUACUGAAGUCAGCAAUAACUACUCUUCAGUGCGAGGUAUGGUUUUGCCGGCUUCGAAUGCUGAAGCUACUUGCACCUGAAGCAAAUCAAUGUCUUAAAAUUGUCAAAUGUUCUGGUGAUAAAUAUGGACUGUGCCGUUUGAUCGGAUGGUUAUAG